ACUCGAACUCUCCAACUUUGGCUGAAGAAAGGAAUAUAUACCAAACUCUGCCUCUACAUACUAGUACUCUUAGUAGAAGCAGAAGGAGAGAAAGACGAAGAAGCAACAGCAGAAAAAGAUGGAAAAUCAAGCAAAUCUCUCCGCCGAUCCACAAAGAGAAGCACUCGUCAAUACAUUCUGUGAAAUCACUUCUGCUUCAAAACCCGAAGCCCUUUUCUUCCUCGAAAGCCACAACUUCGAUUUGGAUUCCGCCGUCUCCACUUUCUUCGAGAACAAUACUCUCCCCGCCGCCGCCGCUGACGAGGAUUACAACGAUGCCCCUGCUUCCGCCGCCGCUGACCAACGCCGUUCUCCAUCGCGCUCCCGAUCCCCGUCUCCGCCUCGACCUAGAAACCCUCCUACCUCUAGCGGUGCUGCUGCUGCUGCUGCUGGGCGGAGAACUGGUGGAAUUCACACUUUCUCUGAUCUGAAUCGUCGGCCUGUUACUGGUUCUGGUAGUGACUCCGAUGAGCAUCAAGAGUAUUAUACCGGUGGAGAAAAAAGUGGAAUGCUUGUUCAAGAUCCAUCUAAAGCAAAUAAUGUGGAUGCAAUAUUCGAUCAAGCUAGACAAUAUGCAGCUGUUGAAGCACCUCCUGCGUCUUCUGGCUCUAGAAGUUUUUCUGGAACUGCUAGAAGACUUACGGGUGAGACUGUGUCUGCUGCUCCUCAGCCACCUGAGAGUAUUACUCAUGUUAUCACUUUCUGGAUCAAUGGGUUCACUAUAGAUGACGGGCCCUUGCGGAGGUUCGAUGAUCCAGAAAAUGCCUCUUUCUUAGAGAGUAUCCGGAAGUCUGAAUGCCCAAAAGAACUUGAGCCAGAAGAUAGGAGGACAUCUGUGCGAGUUAAUCUGACAAGGAGAGAGGAGGACUGCCCUGUACCAGAGAAGCGUCGUGCUACAUUUCAGGGUGUGGGAAGAACCUUAGGUAGCACCAGCAAUGCUGAACAAGUUGAGUCAAUUGGUGCUGUCUCAUCAUUCACCGUAGCUCCAACCCCAUCAGUGGGCCUAGUUGUUGAUCAAUCGCAGCCGUCAACCUCAAUUCAACUGAGAUUGGCAGAUGGUACACGAAUGGUUUCUCGGUUUAACUUCCAACACACAAUCAGAGAUAUUCGAGGGUUUAUUGAUGCAUCAAGGCCUGGAGGACCAAGGAGUUAUCAACUGCAGACGGUAGGCUUUCCUCCCAAACAACUGUCAGAUCUGGACCAGACAAUAGAGCAAGCCGGCCUAGCCAAUUCAGUUGUAAUCCAGAAACUUUAGCUGGUUACACAUUUUAUGUUAUAUCUGCUGCAGUUACACCAAGAACCGUGCUGAUUUUACCUCUCUACUUAAACUAUAUACACACUCCUAAUCACAAAGUAACUUCCAGGGCUAGCUGAUGUUUUUCUUGGAGCCUACUGAUGAAUUUAUAUUUUGAAGUUGAGAGGCAAUCAGAAAUUUCUUUCUACUUUCCAUUA